GGAAUUUCAACAGGAAGUGUUUGUAAACAAAGCAGUCGAGAUGAAGACCAAGAAGUUCUCCUGCUGUGGUGUCGCGGAAAUAAGUGCUUAAGAUUUUUUUUAUAACGAUGUAAACUUUUUGAGAGAUUGAGUGACACACCUGUUAUUGUCUCGAGGAUCUUAGCGUGUCGUCAAAAGACUUCCUGCAUGGAAUACUUUGCUGGUUAGCUUCAGGCUAAAGUUAGCAUAGCAGUCUCGCUGUGAUAGUUGUGUAGGUUUGUAGUUAUUGAGCAGCUAGCAGUAAUGCCGCAAGAAGGAGAGCAGUCUCUCCCCCUGGUGAGGUCCCUGAACAGUCGUAUACCCAUUAAGGCUGUGUUUUGUAACCGCACCGCUGGAGUCGUACGACCGCUGUGGAUAAACUUCCGCGGGGAACCUCAGGCAUACCCUGAUAUACAGCCAGGAACAGGGCGGGAAAUGAACACCUUCAUCGGUCAUCCAUGGAUGUUCAGGGAUGCAGAGACAGAUGAGCUACUGAAGGUGAACAGCAAAGAACUGUAUCUCCCUAAACCAGUAGAGGGUGCGUUUGCCAUUAUCACAUUACCAGUUUACAGUCUGAAGGAUUGUGCUCUUCAGGUCAUUCGGCGCCUGGUACGAAAGGAAGACUACAGGAGUUUGGAAAUAGCAAGAAGUCUCCAAGAGGAGCUGGAGGAUCAGCCCAGUGUCUCGAAAGAUCUGCGUCGUGUGAAUCAGCGCGUGGAGCAACAUUUACAAGAAAGGAUCCAAGGCCAGGAAGAAUGAGGCAUGAAACUGGAUGGUUUGGCAGUCACUUAUUCAGAGCAAUAUCUAAUUGCUUACCAUUAGAAAGCAAAAGUGCAAAAAUUGAGAGCGAAAAAAAAGUAUAAAGUAUAAAAUAUUACAUGUGCUGCAAAAUUUGAUCUGCUACCUUAUAAAACAUUACCCUUAGCAGAAAAAAUACCGAUAUGUAGCUGGGACCUUUGUAAGAGUAUUUUUUAUAUUUUAUUAUCAUAACAGCAAUUUAAAUAAAUGUUAUUUUUAAACUGUAUGAUGUUUUUCAAGAAUUGUACUGUUUGUUCCUGACAGCCCACUACAGGAAGAGACCCUUUGAUGUCUCACAUAUGAUAAUGUCUGUCCCAAAGAAACUCCAGGAAAAAGAAUCUUAUCUUAUUUUAGAAGAAUGGAUGCUGUAUUUGAACUUCUUUUGCCCUAAAUGUAAAAAACUGAAAUAUCCUAUAAGAAAUAUUUGCAGUCACAUUGGUCAUUAAUUUAAAAACGAAAUAAUAAAUAAUUUUACAAUUCCAUUGAAUUGUUCAGAAAUCAUCAGCAGAUAAAAGAUCACUCAAUAUGUGGAAAUUUGGAGCUGAUUUCCGAAAAGAAAAAAACAAUAAACCUCUCCGUACUGUUUCAACAGGAAUCUCUUUUUCGAACUUUGACGAUAAGAUUUUUUUUCUACCCAGCAAUUAUUUGCCUUGUUGAUAUUUUUCAUACAUUGCUAUUUCUUUCCAAUGAAUACUUGUUUUAAAAAUAAAAAGAUAUAUUUCUUAUUGGU